AUGCCUCCGUCAAAACGGCGCAAACUCAGCCCGAGCCCGGAGGAGACCACUUCUACAGACGUAGCCGCCAACGACACGAGAGUGCCUACAACCGAUGUAAAGGACAGCAAGACUACGGAAUCUCAGGGGGAACAAAGUGGAGGAACGCCUCUUGCCGAGCCAUCCAUAGAGCAAGCGACCAGCGAUAAAACACCCCUGCCCCCGGCAUCGUCAACAACGACCGACAGACUCGCUCGCUUCAAAGCGCUCAAGUCCCGCGCUUCCGCUUCGGCCAAGUCCAACCUCGCCGAAGCGAAAGCAGAAGCCACCCGCGCCGCCAUCGACCCCAGCGUCCUCGCGAGUCUGUCUCGGAAAUCGGCCAUCGCCUCACACAACAUCCUUAAAGCCGACACUGAAGAGGACGAAGGCAAAGGCGCCUUCGAGCGCAAGCGUGCGUGGGACUACACCAUCGAGGAAUCUGAGCGUUGGGACGAACGUGUGAACCGCAAGAAGCACGCCCGCGAGAACAACGCCUUCGCAGACUACUCGGCCGAAGCUGCCAAGAUGUACGAUCGGCAGAUCCGAGAUCUCGAGAAAGCCGCGGCCAAAGACGGCGGCAGGAACCGCGAAGAGUACGAGCGUCAGAAGGCGGAGAUUCUCGAAACUGCCGCGCGCACGGGCGGUUUGGAAAUUGUCGAGAUGGAGAAUGGCGAACUCGUCGCCAUCGACAGGGACGGCCGGUUUUAUGCAGACAACGACAGCACGGGAUUUGUAGAGCAGAAGCCAAAGCGGGAAAACGUUGACCGUUUGGUCGAGGAUCUGAGAAAGGCCGAGGAAGCGAGGUUCAAGGCUCGGCGCGCAAGAGGACGUGAGGAGGAAGGAGGUGACGUCACGUAUAUCAACGAGAAGAACAAGCAGUUCAACAUGAAGUUGGCCAGAUUUUACGAUCGAUACACGGCCGACAUACGGGAGAGUUUCGAGAGAGGAACUGCUAUGUGA